UGAAAUUGGUCAGUGAUCUCCAGAGGAGCAGGACCCAACUCGCUCACGUUUGUUUCCCCCGACAGUAAUCGUUUAAUGCCAAAUAAAUAAACAAUAACGAUUGACUCGUGUGUUGGGGUAUCGAUGAACGGUGAAAUGGGUUUUAAUGAGUGAUUUUAUUGUUAUGCUUUUGUGGUGAAUGAUAAUCCUUCGGUUUCUGGAGUGGACUGAUUACAUUCGGAGCUCCUGGACCCGUCUCCGGGGCCUCUCGACCAGUAUCUAGGGUCCUCGAGGAUCCGAUCAGCGUACAAAAUUACAGAGCCCUCGAACAUGGGGACUCGAGGAACGCGACGCUCAGUGCAGCAAAAACGGAAGAAUGUGGAGAUUUUCGUAGUGAAAAACUAGGGAGUGAACAUAUGCUGGGAUGGCAGCAACCGAUGGUCAAAUAGUGGUAGCAGCGGCGAGAUGGGCGGAGGAGGCAACAUACUUGCGUGAAUUUGUGACAAAGUAUCGUUUGCCAGCAGUUAUCAAAAUCACAAAGGGCCAGUAUGGUGGCUUUGGUGUACCAACACUGCCAGCACCAAGUCUCCAGAGUACAGCGCUGUUGGUAUCAGCUGGUAGGAGACGUAAAAUUGUUGCCCAAGCGGUGAAAAUAAAAGAGGGAAGACGAGUCGUUGGAAUCGGACCGAGACUUGCCAUACCAGACUCAUACUCAGGCUACUUUGAAAUACUCAGUGAAGAGGGUAGAGCUGUCCGGGGUAUUGAGUCUGUUAAUGAGCUGUCAAGAAGAUGUCCAGAUGAGGGUGCAUUAGUCAGAGAAACAAUUCGUGGUAUUGCCUGUAAAGUUGAGGAUUCGGGUAAUGUUGUUGCUGAAGGCAGUAGGACAUUAACAGCUGGUGAGACUAUUGUUGCUGCUGGUGAAGUGAGCCUAGCGAGUCGUGGUAGAUUUUUACGUUGUGUUGACAGUCGUGGUGACAAUAUUUUACUUAGUAUGGAUCAACGUGGACGUUUCAGUGCACUAGCUAGAGAGGAUAACAUAAGCGGUGUUCAUACGGCUCGUGCAUUGCUUUGUAAACGACUGCCUCUUACUGUACGGUUAGUCCAUGGUCAGCCACCUCGAGGUCUCAAGUCAUCCUCACAAUUUCUACCCGAGUUGAGGUUACUCUCGACGUUUGAGGAGGAGCACGUGUUUGCCCUACCAUUGCAGAGGGAAGGUGUGGCUGUUGCAUUGCCCCUUGCAGCACCACUCAAGCUUGUCAAAGCGAGAAACGAGGAUGCAUUGAGGUCGAUGACGGAAUUCACUAGAUUGGUUGAUAGAGCCUCAAGACUGGUCGCUGACGUUGCCGAUAGGGCGCAUGUACUUGACGGUAGACUCGGUGAGAGCAAACAAAAUAGACAAACUAGUAGGAGUGCUGGAUUUCUCAGGAGAUCAGCCAGUUCGGACAGUGCUAAUCAUCAUCGUCAUUAUUAUCAUAAUCAUUAUCAUCAUAAUCAUCACAGUAGCCACAGUUAUCGGGAUGAGAACCGUGUGCCACCUUCUUAUACUGAGGACUACGAUGAGAUUGAUCAAAUUUAUGACUAUGUUAGAGGCUUUGCACCACUUCCAAAAAGCGUCAGGUCACCCUACGAAAGUCCGGUGAACAACAAUUCCAAUCAGAUAAACUCGAGUCCUCCACUGACUCCUGUUACAGUGACAAUCGCCCCGCUUCUUGAUGAUCGACCGGAGCCACCGCCGAUCGAGACAAUACCAACGAAAAAAUUGCAAGCCGAGAAGAGGACCCGUAGAGCUGUCAAGGAAACACCGAUGCCCAAAGUUGAGAAGCCUCCAUUGGCCAAGCUCUACGUUAAGAACAGUGGUACACAGCGUGGUCGUCCACUCAUAAGGCAAAAGAGUGCAUCACCCCUCAAGGAAACACCGCCGGGCUUCAAAGGUGGUUCACCGCUCUUCAAUAUACGCUAUAAGAGUCUCACCAAUCUUCAACAGGCUAUGGAACUCGAUGGUACACUUGAUUCCAGUCAUUCUGGUGGGAGAACCUCCGGCGAUUCUGGGGCAGGCGCUAAGCUUCCCGAAAAAAGAUCACGAAGGCUCAGUAGACCAAGAUCCCUGACAAAUCUCGUAUGGGACUUGCGCGGUGGUAAUGGAGCAGUAAGACCCGAAACUCCACCGCCAGUUGCAGCAUCACCCCUAGCACCAACCAAGUGUGGACAGCGAUUGGCAGUGACAGUUAUAGCUCCACGACGCGUUGGCACGCUCUACCUCUAACUCAUUCGACAGACGAAGGGAUGGCGAAGGUAUCAGAGCGGGCGAACGGAUCUCCAUCAGCAAAGCAAAUUAACAAAAAUUUCAUCCACCGUCAGAAGCACAUGACAAGAGGCGAUUUAAAAAAUUGAGCAGAAAGAAUAGCGAAAGUUUACGAAAAAUGCUCAUCCCUAUUUGGAGCCUCAUGCAAUCAAUGAGGAAAUGAAAGGAGUAAAAAUCCCUCAAUUGUGAAUGAGAGAGACCAUAUCGCUAUGAUAAAUAAUCAUAAAUUAGUUCGACUGGCGAAUGCAUUUUGGUUGAGCUGUCAGAAAUGCCAUAAUAAUGACCAAGUUUUAAUUUGUGGUUGUACUUAAGUCAUACCCUCUACACGAUAAGCCUUUUAGCGUUUCUUUAUACAAAACAGCAACGCUGGCAUUCCAUUAUCAGAGAGUGUCUCAUAGUUUUUGUUUCUUAUUCAUCCGCAUUUCCAGGAUAUUAAAUGAUUACAGAGGUCGAUCGACUAUCGACCCGUCGAUCUCUUUCCCUUUUUUUUCCCCUUUACCUCUUUUAUUUUCAAAACGUAAAUCCCCCAUUUACCGUUAUGUUAACUUUUCAACCUUAAGGGAAACAGUGUGAUACGAACAAAAAAUGAAUAACAUAUCCAUUAGAGGAAUGAACAGCAAGGUUUAUGAAGCUUAAUACUAGAGGACAACUGAAAAAAUAAGAGGAGGAUUGAGGGAAUCAAGCAAGGCUGACUGAUUGAAUCCAGUGGUCCCAUGGGAAUAAUUGAAUUGUGAGGGAUUGUUUCUUCAUGGAUUUCGAUAAUUAUGGAAUGAUAAAUUGAAGUGGUUCUAUCGUUUCAACGAACUGCGCUAAUUGCAUGAAAAAAAAAACAGAAAAAUUUGUAGUUCUUAUCAGCAUCAUCCAAAUGACAUUUUGCAACUGUUAAUAUUUUUUGUAACAUUAUCUUCUCAUAAACAAACAAAAUAUUUUCGUCUUUCUUUGAAAAAGUUGUUGAUUUUUUCACAUCUACUGAACAAAAUUCAGAUUUUAGUCUUUGAUGGUAAUAAAAAUGCUGAUAAUUCUUCGCAGUUUUUGAUAAUCUCUGAAAUAAUUGUAACGGUAGAGCGACUUUAAAAACAUCGGAAUGUGGGAUCACGAUUAUAAAACACUCACGGCCAAUAUUAAUUUCGGUAUCCGGGCCUUAGUCUCAUUUUUGUGAUUAUUAUAGAGAUACAUGAUUAUCAUUUAAAGUAGUUUAGGCUAGGCUUUUUUAAUUGUAUGAAUGCAACAGACAACAGCGAGAUUAAACUGAAAGUCAUGUGGACAGUAACGGCCAGUCGGUGGCAUUCCGACAUUGUUAGUAAUAAAAAAAAUGAUGAAAAUGCGCAAUGAAAGUCAAGUGGCCUUAUUAAACAAUAUGGAGGAGUGAAUACAUUAACAGCGAGAUUUUAAAUUCAUCUGUUCCGCAGCUCCAGAAUGAGUAUAAGUAGGAGUUAGUACGUGAGAGAGCGAACGCACGUGAGAAAAAGAAAGUUAGAGAUUAUGGUUUACGAUAAGUUUCAAGUUUACUGAUUAAUGUAAUUGUUCGGUUUAAGAUAUUCAGUUGCAUUAGGUAAUGAGUUAUGAUUUUUUUUUUCUUAUGACUUUUUUUGGAACGAAGGCACUCGGUCCCCUUUACGAUCGAACUCUGUGCGAUGUAAUUAUUCCAUGUGAAUGGGUAUUUCGUGCUCCGAUGUUCUCAGGUAGCUCACUAUUGCCACGAUGACAAUAUGUAGUUUUGAUAAUGAGUCUUGUCGAUGAUUUAUUCGUCUGUUCUUGAUUUACUGUUCGUUUUUUUUUUUUCUAUUUCGUGAAAAACUCUCUGGAUCACUGCCAUUAUUUUUCGAGGUAAACGAAUUAUUCUUUACUUUGAUUUUUUUUUCAUCUUCAACUAGCAGUUUUCGUGGUGAAAACGCUCAAAACGUAAGGGUCGAGGAUCGAUUGUGCCUUCGAAAAUUAUGAUCUUCAAGUGAGUAAUUGAAUAAAAUGAAAAAAAAAGCGGUUGCAAAGAGGAAAUGUCCGUUUUUGUGAUUUCAUGAGCAAUUGUUCAUUUUUAUUUUUUUUUACUUCUAUAUUGCUUACUUAGAGUAGAUUAAUGUAUUGAUUAGAGAAUGUUGCAAUAAAUGACAAUGAUUCGUAUAAUUUAUGUGAUUUUUAUUUGAUUAAUAUGAUCCCAUCCC